AUGCAAGAGAAGGAGUCGGCGAGAAGACUCUUCUCCUUCCCGAAGAAAGAAGUGGGAGACGGCACGAAAACGUGGAAUCGGUACUCGGAGUCGCUCCGUCGUCGCGUCGAGACGGUGGGUGUGCAUUCUUGCCGGUCUUUUCGGCACGCGCGGUGCGUCGCGACGGGGUCUUCGAUGCCGAUCCGUCGCGGGCGCCGAGGAUCGAGGAGGAUGCCUUUCGCCGUCUGCUGCCGUUUCUUCUGGGGCCCGAGCGGAGCCGUCGUCCGACGAGGAGAACGUCUCGAGCGUGGAGAAGGGGGAGAGUGGGUCCCGUGGGAGGCCCGUCCGUCGCAGACGGAGGAGUUGCAUUUUCUCGUCGUUGCAUCGAACGCCGGCGCUGCCGGUUCCGUCGUGCGACGUCUCGGCGCUCUGGCGUCGGGGGGCGGCGAAAGGAAGGAGGGGACGGGGAUGCCGGAGAUCGUCUCACCGAGUCCCAGUGCGGAACGAUUCGCGAGCUGCGGCUCUCCUGCACGAGACGGCGAGCGUCGCUCGGGAGGUGCCAGCCCCGGCUCUCGCGGUCGUCCUUGCGGAGACACUCGUUCGUUUCACUCGAUUUCGUCGCGGGUUUUGGGUGUCUGGAGCGGUGAGGAGUUUCGCGUCGUGGCGUGUGUCCCUUGCAGAAUCGGUAUUCGAGCGGUCCGUGCGACGAGUCCAAACAUCUUUCCGAAAUCCUACACGUGCUUCUGCCGUGAUACGGAGCUACCAUGCGGUCGGAGGAUUUCGGAGGAGGACCGCGAGCGCUCGGGUCGGUCUCGUCGUUCGGUUCUCGACGGGAAAACGGUGACGUUCGGUCUCGACCGAAAUUUAAAUCGCCGUUCCGCUUCGAAGGACGCGUCGGCCGAGGCCGAUGCGCCGUUCGCCGAGUUCGAAGUCGGGAGAUGGAGAUCGAGGAAGUGGAAGGGCCCUCGUCGAAGAGGAAACGGGGAGAUGCCGAGUGCAGAAAGGGAGCAGGAGGACCCAGCUUUCGUCCCUGCCGAUCGCCUCAACGUGUCCCAAUUUUCUCAUCUUUCUCGUUGCUCCCGUCGCCUGAUGGAGCUCAUGUGCCGAAGCAUGGAAUAGCUUUUUUUUUCAUUUACCGUUUCCUUCUCGCUUGACAAAUUUGUGCCGUUUUUUCAUUACCCUC